AAGACGCACACAGCAGUGAGGAGAGAGAGCAUCCAAAGCUCCCUCUUCUGGGUUUGUCUCUUCCUCCUCACCACCCACCCCCUUCUCUUUCUGCUAGCUAGCUGCUGUACAGACAACAUCACAACACUGGAGAAAGAGCAAGCAAGCAAGAACAGAAGCAGCAGCAGCAGCAGCAGCAUGCAGGCAGCCACAAAAGAGAGCUGCUGCCAACUCCUACACAGCCUGGGUUCUCCUCCUCUGAUCAUUGAUUGAUGCAAACCCAGCUAUUACCUUCCCUUUUUAUUUUAUAGCUACACACACACACAUAUAUAUAUAAUCCCACCCAUCCCAAUACUUGCUUCUUGGUUCUUGGCACCUCUCUGUCCUUUUUAGAUUUCCUUGGAUUCCAUUCAGGCCUCACCCCCCCCCCCCCCAUAGAUAGAUACAUCUCCUCUCUGAUAGCUUCCUGGUUGUUUUGCUCUUCUUGGUUUUCUUGAUUUCUUGGGUUCUUGGCUACUGGGGCUGUCUCUCUAUCUUUCUUGAUCCUGGUUUGCGCCGAAAGACUGCAAUUUUCUUGAGUUCUUGUUGCUGCUGGAUGCCAUGGAUGAGAGGAUCCCACCACCGGCCUUCUUCCAGUUCUUGCCAUCCGGUGCUCAUUCUUCUCCCCAUCAUCAGAGCCCCUUGAGGUCUCCUGCCUCUGAGAGGGAGAGAUAUCUUGCUGAGUUACUUGCUGAGAGGCAGAAGUUAGCCCCGUUCAUGCAAGUUCUUCCGUUUUGUAACAGGCUUUUAAACCAAGAGAUUUUGAGGGCAUCUUCUUUGCCACCUAACCCAAAUUUUGUUGAACCUGAGAGAGUCAAUCAUGGUAGCCCAUUAAGGUUAACUGGCCACCCUAUGAAUGGUCAACCAAUGGAUCUGGAGGGAUGGUCAGGAAUGCAAACAGAGCAGAUGGGGGUACUCCAAUCGCCCUCCAUGGGCUGGAAUGUUGCUCCAGGAGUUGCUGGAAGCCCUGUUGUUAAGAAAGUUGUCAGGAUUGAUGUUCCUGUCGACAAGUAUCCCAAUUACAAUUUUGUUGGUCGAUUGUUGGGACCACGAGGAAACUCCCUGAAAAGAGUUGAAGCUACCACCCAAUGUAGAGUCUAUAUUCGUGGACGGGGUUCAGUGAAAGAUUCUGUUAAGGAAGACAAGCUUAGGGAUAAGCCUGGCUAUGAGCACUUAAAUGAUCCACUGCAUGUACUUGUGGAAGCUGAGUUUCCGUCUGAUAUCGUUGAUGUGCGACUAAACCAAGCCGUGGCAAUCCUGGAGGAUCUUCUCAAACCAGUUGAUGAAUCCAUGGACUACUACAAGAAGCAACAGCUGCGAGAACUGGCAAUUUUGAAUGGCACUCUAAGGGAGGAGAGCCCAAGCCCCCACCUUAGUCCCAGUCCCAGUGUAUCCCCCUUCAACUCAACUGGGAUGAAACGCGCUAAGACAGGACGGUGAUCGGAGAUCGCGACAUCUGGAAAUUCGAUGCCUGAGCUGAUGAUGAGCUGAACAUACUGCAAACCUGUUCUACUGCUGGAGAUGAUUGCUGAUGCAAACAAAGGAAGGAACAGCACGGCUGGCAUUAGGCCUUGCCUUGAUUUUGUGCGCUUGACCGCAGAUAUGUUGUUGGAUGGAAGAAAGGAAAUCUAUGUGAAAGUGAUAUGUCUGCUCGUGGGCUUGUUGCUUGCUCAUAUUGUUGUUUAUUCUUUGUGUACCUGGCUCCUAAAUAUUAACAUUAUUUUGUUUUGGAUUAGUUAAUGCAGUUGAUGGGUGGUUCUUAGAUAUUGGGAUUCAAGUGGUGGACAAUAAUCAGGUCUGGUCUGUACAAGGAGUAGGUUGUGGGGUGUCAAAAGGUUGCUGUUCCAGUGGACAACUGUGAUUGAUACAGUUCUCAAUAAUAUUAUUUGCAUUGGUUAUUCUUUUA